UAGGCCACCAGCAAGUAAUCACCGGACCGCGCGAGAAAGCACUUGACUCCCUCGACACUGCAAGCGGCACCUGCAGGCACCACCAUGUCGCAACACCCAAACUCGAUGAGCCUCGGCUUAGGCCUGGCCGCGAUGCUUCUCGGAUUCGGCCUCAACGGUCUCGCGCGCCCCGACGCACACCUCAAAGCAUUGGGAUUCCCGGGCCACCAGGCCGAUCCCGCGGCGCACAAACUCAAUCACGCCCUGAUGCGCAUCUGGGGCGUCCGCAAUUUGACCGUCGGCUCGCUGCUUGCUUUAAUAUGGAACACGGGCGACGAGAAGCUGAUGGGCGCCUGUUUGUGUGUUGUGAUGGCUCUGCCUAUUGUGGACGGGUUUGUUAGCCGGUCGCUGACCGGGGGAGGCGAGCUUCAACACUGGGUGUUUCUGCCUGUACUAGCAUUGCUCACUAGCAGGCUGUUUGGGUGGUUUGACUAG